UCUGUGUGUUAAUGUAAAUAGUGGUAAAAGUGAAUGUUUAUAAAUUAAAAACUGUUAAUAAUGCAACACUUAAUACAAGCCAGUCCAAUAUUUGAUAAGUUGAAACAUAUACAACAAGCAUUAUCAUACAGAAUUCACCUUUCUACAUCACAAAAGGUUGUGCUAUGGAGCAUAGGAGUAGUUGGCACAAGUGCUGUUGUGGUUGGAGUGUUAUCGAGAUACCUCGCCAGGAGGCGUGCUAAACCCAUCCUCAACCCGAGGAUUCAAAGGGCACUGAAUAAAAGAAUUUCAAGAAUGAGAAGUCCAAAUGGAGGAAUGGGAUCGGGUGCCAGCAGCUGCGGCCGGAGCAGUCCCCUUGGGUUCAGUGAGCGUAUGUCGAUGGCAUCAGGUUCCGUUGGUUCCGGUGGUGGUGAUGCUGCACCGUUAUCACCGCAGCAGUUAGGUGUUAUGGGUAUGGAGGCGUUGGAGACCAGCAUCAACUAUUGGGAGGAUGCAUUGGCUGCGUUCUCGCUGGGCGCGCGUGGGGGCGUGUCAGGUACACUCGCACUCACCUCGCCCGAGGAGGCCGAGUUCUGCCGCGAGAUACAGGACCUGCUGCAGGACGCUUAUUUAUUACAGGAACGCUGCGAGCUGCUGUUCCUGGACCAGCGCUCGGUGCUGUUCCGGUCUGAGAGCGGGGGCGAGGCGGGCGCGGCCGGGGGCGGGGCGGCGGGGGCGGGGGCGGGGGCGGGGCGCACGCGGCUUCUCUCACACGCACACUCCGGCUCCUCACACACGCACACGCGCAGGGAACUGCACUCCAGUGCAGAGUCAUUCGCCUCCGCUGAAGAUCAGGUGGCGGAUUUGAGAGAGCUGGAUGACUUUGGAGAGUCUACGACGGAAACAGAUAAUUUAGAACUCUAUCAAAGCGCUGUCAAGCAGUUGGAAGCCGGAAUUCCUUACAGGACUUUGCGCACGGAGGUGGUGCACUGCGCAUCAGACUCUGAAUUCUUGUGCAAGUUGCACUGCUUGCGGCAGGCGAGUGCGCGCGUGUUCCGGGACGCCGCCGCCUGGGCAUGGUUCGUGGACGCCGGCCGGCAAGUGCUCACAGAUCUCUUACUCUUCGCUGACAAGGAGCCGAAAGAGUUUCUAGUCGCAUACGAGGAAAUGGUGUCGUGGGCGACGGAUGCCGCCAAUUGGUCUACAAUUGAAAAAGAAUUAAAUAGCAAAGGAGUGAAGGUGCUGUCGUUCUAUGACGUGGUGCUGGACUACAUCCUGCUGGAUGCGUUCGAGGACCUGGCAGCACCACCUUCCUCCGUGCUGGCCGUCGUGCGCAACCGCUGGCUCUCAGACGGAUUCAAGGAGAGCGCUCUGACGACCGCGGUGUGGUCUGUGAUCAAAGCGAAACGUCGCUACCUUCAGUACCCGGACGGGUUCAUGUCUCACUUCUACUCCAUCUCCGAGCACCUGCUGCCGGUGCUGGUGUGGGGCUUCCUCGGCCCCGGAGAGCGUCUGCGAGACAUGUGCGUCUGCUUCCAGACGGAGGUGGUCGGCUUCAUCACAGAUCUCUUCAGCUUCAGCAAAUGCAGGUACACAAAUGUGGAUGAUCUAGCUGAAGAUGUGAUGCAGCACGCCAGGUCCAGGGUGGCAAACAUUACUGACAAACUCUCCGAGAGGAUUUAAUGGUUUGACUUUAUUUCCCCGAUACAUUUAUUAGCAGUGUUAUUUUGUCACUGAAGACACCGCUUAGAAAAGGCCGUUGUACAG